GUAAAUAAGUUAUUAUACCAUUGCUAUCUAACAACACAACCACCAUUUACCAACCAACAAACUUCAUCAUCAUCAUCAUCAUCAUCUUCUUCUUCUUGUUGCAGCAUGAGAUCAAUGGCUAUUACAGGCUAUUCUUCAACAUAUAUUCUUGUUCAGACUUCUGGUUAUGUUAUAAGGCCUGCAAGAAAGACUUCUAUGCUUAAACAAAGUCGAGUUCCAUUCUUGAAAACACCUGCACUUAAGAUCAGAUCAUCCUUCAAAACCAAGGUUUUUGAGGACAAGUUAGAAGGUAUAAUUUGCUACAGAGAUGAGAAUGGUGAGAUGGUUUGUGAAGGAUAUGAUGAGGGCCCUCGGUUGCAUCAACAGAUUCCAACAACAACAUAUGAUCCAAGGGAUGCUGAGAUAAUGAACAUUCUUCUACAGAGGUGGAUUGAUAUUGUUAACAAUGGUGAAUCAAGCAAAGCUGACAAAGGAGGAGUUACCGUGAAAGAAGACAUCAAUGGGAAUGGCUUUAAGUCAUUCUACUGAUCAAUGCUUAAUAGGACAACAAUUCUUCAAAUGUGUUUGAAAUAACAGUGAUGCAGUAUGUAAACAGAUUUCCUAGAUGUGUAUAGUGGAGCAUAAAGAAAUGUUUUUAUCUUUGAAGCA